GAAGCCCAAGUGCCCAAGGAGAAGAAGGAAAUUUCAGACCGCACAGUCAAGAGACAAGAUUGGCUGCAUCGGUUGUUGACUACCUACUGCACGUCAAGUUGCCUGGACCAUAAGGACGCAAAUCUCCAAUGACAUCCAAUAUCGAGUUGAGUCCCUUUUUUUAGUUUACGCUUGCAGGCUUCUUCUUCCAAAACUCGUGGCCUUCUGCGCUAGACGUUUGAUCAGCAAUCUAUGUACGGAGUACAUACUAAGCUAAAAUAUCCCUUAUUAUUACCCCUGCAGCUUUCGUCAAUACAGUCGGUUUCCAUCAUCUCCUGCCGUUUACGAAAUCGCCUCGGAAUGACCAAAGAGGAUUCCAACCGUUCCUUUGAUGAGGCGAUGUGUACGGAAUAUGGUUUACCUGAAUGUUGCAGCACAGGAUGGGGAGUACUUGACUGUACCUUAGUUACUACACAGGGCUGUCUUGUCCUCUUGGGAACCAUAGUCUACAUCCUCGCCGGUAAAAGUACACACACCUUCACGAGACCCAAAAAUAAGACGGGUCUUGAUCUGAAACGAGACUCUCCAUUACAGGAUCGCUUCGCCCUCGACUGCGCAACUCUCGAUCACCAUUUCCAUUAUCAUUAACAUCCUCCCGGCUCUCCUAUCCCCUGACUCCUGAGAUCCAGGCGCUUGGACUUGGAAUUAGACUAGGAAUUGGAGUUGGCUGCUCGAUUCUACAAUUCAUAGUGCCCUAGAGGUUCAGCAAAGUUGCAGAAUAUUAGACGUCUCUUUCUUUGUGGAUUCAACCCAAGUUUUUUAUCAGACAACUGCACAGUACAAAGUCGUUCUCAUCUCAUUGCACUACCUUGUAGACUGCAUAGCCGCAACUGCGCUUGUUUCGAAUCAAUGGCUGUGCUGUAUUGUGUUGCCGCCGGUUCAAUAUCUACCCAGUCACAUAUUCCUUAUGCUGCAACUCGCUCGCCUGUGGAUCUCGGACACAGCAAAUUUGAGACGAAAAUCACAUGUCUCCAGGGCAACCCAUGGUUCUGGUCCUUGUAUCACGGAUGGCUGAGUGAUGACUUGAAACUGAGGCUCCGGUAACAUCAGUAGGGAUAUAUGAUAGAACUGGCCUGUUUCUCUACUAUGUACACCGUACUUUCUAUUGAAAAGUAUACCUCAUAUAAAAGCAGGUCUCCAUUCGAUGC